AUGGUAGAUUGGUACCCUGAUACGGCUGGAAUAUGGACGAAAGGGCAAGUUGAGGCAUGGAAACCCUUUGUUGAAGCUGUCCAUGCAAGAGAUGGGAUAUUCUUUCGUCAAAUAUGGAAUGUUGGAAGGGUUUCAAAUCAAGAUUUUCAGCCAAAGGGGCAAGCUCCAAUCUCCUGUACAGACAAACCAGUGAUGCCCCCAAUUGAAGCAAAUGGGAUAAAUGUUGCAAGAUUCUCUCCUCCAAGGAGGCUAAGAACAGAUGAGAUCCCCCAAGUUGUUGAUGAUUUUAGACUUGCUGCAAGAAAUGCUAUGGAAGUUGGUUUUGAUGGGGUUGAGAUUCAUGGGGCUCAUGGAUAUCUAAUUGACCAGUUCAUGAAGGAUCAAGUUAAUGAUCGAACAAAUCAAUAUGGUGGGUCGCUAGAGAACCGCUGCAGGUUUGCUUUAGAAGUAGUUGAAGCUGUUGCUAAUGAGAUAGGAGCAGAUAAAGUAGCAAUAAGGCUCUCUGCCCUCGCAGACUAUAUGGAAUCAAGGGACUCGAAUCCAAAUGCAUUAGGCCUCUACAUGGCAAAGUCCUUGAAUAAGUAUGGGAUUCUCUACUGCCAUACGGUUGAGCCAAGAAUGAGAACCCUCGGUGAAAAAUUUGAAUGCCAUGACAGUCUUCUUCCUAUGAGGAAGGGUUUUAAUGGUUCGUUCAUUGUUGCUGGUGGUUAUGAAAGGGAAGAUGGAAAUCAAGCUGUGACUGAAAACCACACAGAUCUUGUUGCUUAUGGUCGUUUGUUUUUGGCCAAUCCAGAUUUGCCAAGGAGAUUUGAGCUAGAUGCUCCUCUCAAUAAGUACAACUCAGAUACCUGUUGCACAUCGGAUCCUGUCGUUGGUUACACUGAUUAUCCAUUUCUUGAAGAAAAAUGA